AUGUUAUCCCAGUUGCGUUCUGCACGUGACUAUGUGUACAUGCCAACAAAUCGGGCAACACUCCAACAAACGCCUGGAACAUGUGAUGUUCGUUGUAGUCAACUUUUGUCCAACUGGCAACGUCAACAACAACCUAAUCAGCAUCAAGGUUAUCUACAAGAUGCAUUUCCUGAGGGCUUAGUCUCCAAUAUGGAUCAACUAUCUGAAAGUAAAUGCAGAAAUUUACCCCCAAAUCUUGUAAAUCCCUUUUUUCAGCAGCAACAACAAACAGGUCAAAAUCGUUUACCGACCGAUCAACUAUUUGAUUUCGGAAAAGUAACGAACCAACAACAGCAGCAAGCACAACAACAAGCAAAUUACCAGCAGCUUAUUUCAGCCCUACUAGCAGCAGCCUCUGUUAAUAAGACUCGAAUGGAAUCACAGUCAGCCCAUGUGACCAACGUUCCGUCUAUGACAAUGGACUCUUCGUAUAGUCAACAAAAAUCCAGCACAUCAAACCGUUGGUCCGACUCUGAACUAACAGUCAAUAAUGCGAAAGAUUUACAAUUCCAGGUGCAGCAACAACAGAUCAGACAGCAGCAACAACAACAAGCGACUGCUGCAGCAGCUGCGGCGGCCGCUGCUGCCGCUGCUAUGGCUGCUAUGCAAUGUUCAGCUAAAUCUUCAACCAAUAUCCCCACAAAUAUCCAAAGGCAAAUUCCCUUGCUGCUUAGUGGUGGUGGUAAUAGCGCUAGUCAAAAACAUCCCUCUCACUUACGUUCAUCUUAUUCAUCUGGAGACGAAUCUUCGGCCUUACGAAUGAUGAAUCCAGCAUCACUGGUCACACCGACAAUGCAAUCACUUCGUAGAUUUUGUACACCUGAUGCAAGUAUGAAUGAGCCGAAACUAUCUCAGUCUUUGCCAAUGCCUCAGCAAUCUAUGAAUACAGUAUCUGAAGCUAUUUCCCUUUCUGAACAAAAUAGUAAAGUACAACGAGCAACACAACAGCUUAUUACAGAGCUAAAUAAAUUUCAAGAUUUAUCUGUUUCUGGUGAGGACUAUGCAAAUUACCAGUGCUUAGAAGCUUUACUAGGACAAACCUCCAGACAGCCGUUAGCACCAGCCCCAUCAGUACAAAUGGAACAUAUUCUUUGUACAGAUCCUGCGGGAACCAGAUCAUCAUAUCCAAGUGAAUCAGCAUACAUUUCUUCUAAAGCUCCUGGACAAUUAAUUGAAGCAGCCUACUCCAAUUUAGAUUCACAAGUUUUGGGUAAUACGAAAGUCCUGUCAGAUAGAUUUGGAGACUUUCUUACUCUGCAAAGUGAACGUUGUUUAUCAACAACUGAGGCUCAGAGUCACCCUACACAAUCUUCUGUAUAUAACUGGGAUACUUCCAAUACUGCGGCUAGAACAGUGAAUUUACAAAAUGUUGAUCGUUCGUCUAAAUCCAAUAACUUGAAUGGCUUAUUUAUAUUACAUGUUAUCGCAGGAAAAGGUUUAAACUCUACUCACAUUAUAGUUAGAGAUCUUUACUGUGUCGUUGAAAUGGAUUCUGUACGUAAGGCUCGUUCUAUGAUACGUACCACUAUUUUACUUUAUCAAUGGGAUCCGCGAACCAAGCAUCGUUUAUGCUUUUACGGUGGAAUUGACUUGAAAAACUUACUUAGUAAACUAACUGCAUCAAGUAGUAUGGCUUCAACAUCAUAUACGCCAACAAGUGAAAUUAUUCUCAGUCCUUCUAUAUCUAUAUUGUCUAAAAAUUUGCAUAAAAUUGCUCUACAGCUUGAACCAAGAGGUGUGUUAUACUUGGAGCUUGGACACAUACCACUGGAUAAAAUAUUUCAUCGUAAUCAACUUAUGCUAAGCACCACUACACUGAAUUCAACAAGUGUUGAUCGUUUACUCUUUGGUGUGUCCAUUGAUGAGUUGAUAGAACGUGAACGUGUCAUCUGUCAAAUUACUGAAUUCUAUUCACCAAAACAAAUAACUUAUCAAAACACAUCGGAUUAUAUGUUUAUUCCACUAUUCAUAAGAAAGUGUGUUGAAGAAAUUGAUAAACGUGGUUCAGAUGUUGUUGGUGUUUAUCGUCUAGCCGGUUCUGUAUGGAUGAAGUUACAAGUCCGUGAAUUGUUCAAUCGUGUUACAAAGUCAACAUUAAAAGCUUUAGUACAUGAAGAUGCCAAAGCGAUUAGAGAUAUUAUACAAUUAGUGGAUCUAUCAGCUCAACGUAUACCUGAUAUUCAUGCAAUCACUGCUGUUUUCAAGGAUUUUCUUCGUGAGCUUCCAGAACCGUUAUUCACAAGUGCAUUGUACCCCAUGUUCUACGAUGCGAUGCAAAUAGCCCUACCAGGAUUUACGCAAAGUGGUGCUAAACUUGUAUUGAAUAUCCUAGACUGCUUACCCGCAAAUAACCAAGAAAUCCUCCUGUAUCUUCUGGAUCACUUUAAACGAUUAACAAACAACUGUGAAGUUAAUAAAAUGGAUACACAAAAUCUGGCAACUUGUCUUGCUCCAGUCCUGUUUUAUCCAUCACCAAAUUCUGCUCGAAGUCUUGAUCCAAAUGUUUUAGAGCCUAGAAAAAUGGCUGAAAUAUUCAAAUUUAUCCUAGAGAUAUGGCCCGAUGAUCGAUCAAGAUCGUAUAAAUUCAACCCAACUGAAUCUUGGAUUUCUCCUUAUUCCCGAAUGCAUAGAUAUGAAGGAUCUAGCCAUCGAGCAUCAAGUGCCAUUAGAUCGACGUUAUCCGGACCAGCUGGAACUGGACUGGGCUAUCGAUCACCACACACAGUGCAAAGAUCUAGUAUUUUAACCGGUAAAGCUGAAUCAGAUAAGUCAGAUUAUGCAGGAAUAAGUCGAAGUGGGAAGAUAAAAUAUGGUAAUGGCUCUAACGGUUCGUCAAGACACGGGAUAACUCAAGAAGAACAUCGAAGACCUAGUCGAGAUCCUCGUCAGACUGUCAGUUUUGGUAAUGCAAAAACAAUAAGAACCCAUUCAGCGCAACGAAAAACUUUAUCUCAAACUGAUAUAAAUCUUGGUAGUGGCCGAGGUUAUUCAGUCGGCUUUGAUUUUAGAGAUCAACAAGCGAUUCCUCCUCCUGACGAGUCUAACAUCCGAGUACAUCCACGUUUUCAAGAUAUACCAACGACGGGUUCUACUGGGACAGACAGUGGAACACGAUCAAGUUUAUCAGUUGGUUCAAGACAACCUUGUCCGGUACCACAUGCUAGCUCAUCAGUAGAUCGAGGAGCACAUAGUGAACUAAUUCGAAGCUCUAGUCAAGAACGCCAACAAUAUGGACGGACUCACAGACUCUCAAGACGCUCUCAUCCUUUCAGUUAG